GUGAAACUUAUUUAUUUUCGAUAAUAAAGUUUUUAAGAAAUAUUUGCGAUAAUUUGAAAAAAGAUUUGAGAAAAAUGAGAGAAGUUCUACUCACAAAUUGUGAACAAUUUGUAAACAAAUGUAUAGAAGAGGAAACGAGAUUAGAUGGCCGAAGAUUAUUAGAAGCACGACCAGUGAAGAUUUAUUUUGGCUCCAAAUGGGGAUGUUGUAUGGUGUCUCUUGGACAUACUAAAGCAAUAGCACAAGUGUCAUGUGACAUACAACAACCAAAAACUGCUCGCCCUAAUGAAGGCACAAUAUAUAUAAAUGUUGAACUUGCUCCAUUAGCAGCACAACACUUUGAAAGUGGCAGACCAUCUGAGGCUGCCAUAUUGAUCAGUAGACAGCUGGAAAAGUGUUUCAAAGAUUCAAAGUGCGUAGACUUGGAAUCUCUUUGUAUUGUAGCAGACAAGAAGGUAUGGAAUUUAAGACUUGAUGUUAAUAUCAUAAAUCAUGAUGGGAACUUGAUUGACUGUGCUUCUAUAGCAGCUGCUGCUCUUAUGCAUUUCCAUAGACCAGACGUUACUUCUACUGGCGAGGAAAUUAUUAUACAUUCAGCAUCCGAAAAAGAUUUUCUUCCAUUAACAUUAUUUCACUAUCCAGUUUGUAUAUCUUUUAUAACUUUUGAAAGUGGCAACACCAUAAUGGAUCCAACAUAUACUGAAGAAAGAGUUGGUGUUGCCGAACUUACUCUUGGCAUGAAUUCUUAUAAAGAACUCUGCAGUUUGCAUUUCGAUUAUUUAACGAAAACUAUGACGGUCGAAGACGUUAUAUCUGCUGUUUCUAAUCAUGCAGCAAGUUAUGCAGCUAAUUUAGUGCAACAGAUUAAGGAGGCUGUAACUAAAGAUGUACAAUCACGAUACAAAAAAGAUAAUAACAACACAUGUCGAUUUAAAGAAAGCAUUCAAACUGAUAAGGUUACAACAAUGAUAGGUGAUCACAUUACUAUUAAGUUACGAAAAUGGGACGCGACAACUAUGGUAGAAGAUGACUAUAUGGAAAUAGAACAUGAGAACAAGAGCUGUAUUAUAAAAUACAAAGAAGGAACUGCUGAAUUAAUACCUGUUGUCGAUGAUUCAAUUAAGACAGAAGAAAAUUAUAGCAAUAUGUAUGACUCGGAUUCAGACAAUCAGUGCCUUGAAUCGCCGACCUCAGAAAAAAAACCCAUAGUGAUAGAUUUAGUGGAUGACAGCGAUUAAAUCGAUGCAGCAAUGUAAAAAAAAGAUGUGUGUGAAAUAAAUCUUUUAAGAUGAUUAA